UGUUUAGUUUUUUUUUUUUUUUUCCAUUAUUAACCACUCUUAUUUUCUUUAACUCAUGUCUAAAACCUUUAAUUGUCUUUUUGAUGCUUUCUCUUUUGCUUCUCCCGUCGUUCGUCAUCCUCUGGCCAAGAAAGUGGCUUUGACUACUUACCAAGUACUCAAGAAGCUUACUCCUAUUCUUGCCGUUGCUCUUCUGGAAGUUGCUUUUCUCCCUGUAGAAAAGUCUGCCGAGUGUGCUGGUUCUUUCGCCAUGAUUAUGAUGGAAGAUAUAUAAAGGGCGGAAAAAGUGAACCUGCUUGACCAUCUUUUUUGGGAACAGUGGAGAGAGAAGGAAGAAUGAAGAAAUGGUGGUAUGUAAAAUGACUGUCUGGUGCAAACAAUUGUCGUCUGCUCUUUAUCAAGUGAGUUUGCUCAUGAGCAUUCUUCUUUACGACGGUCUAGGCGCAUUGGGUAAUCCUGGCAAACAAACAUACAGCACUCUGAAGGCAUUACUUGGGCAUACGUAUGGUACUGGGCUGGGUAAGUAUAUUUUGGUCAUAGCAGGGCACCAAAAGAAAACAAGCUACCUUUGUACAUGUCUCGUUUACCAAAUGUAAAGUUAUUUUAAAGAAUAAAUUAAAUCAUUUUGAUAAGAAUUGUGUUAUUAGCUUGACACAACACUAAAAGUCUGAAUUGCCUUUUAUUUUGGCAAAUGCUUGGUGCACUCAAAAAAUGUACUCAAAAAUAGGCUAGUG